GGUAUUUAGACGAACACGACAACAACAACUACCCGAAAAGUAUUUAACAAAUUUAAUAUUAAAAACACGUUUAUUGAGAAGGUGUGAUCUCUACAGAAAUAACUAGGUUUUCCUGGGUGUUGAAGAGAGUCAUGGAAUCCAUGGCAAACAAUACAGAAUGACAACUAUAUUGUGAUCAAGAGAUUGAAUUAUCAGCGGCCAGAAAGUGAAGUGACCCUUUUAUAUUGACACUUAUGCAAACUUAUGUGUUGAUCAAUUUGUUGACUCGUCAAAUAUAGUAUUAAGUAAUCAAGUGAUGUUGAGGCCAACUUCAAAAUAAUCUAGUGACACUGUGUUGAUCGAGAUUGACUGAUGGUAACCUGUGCAUUGAUUUAGAGAUAUUGGUAAAUUCAAACCUCGUUGGCGAUUUAGAGACAGCAGCAUCACACAACAACUACUGUGAAAUUCCAGACAUGUUGACAUCAAAUGACAACUUUUAUAGCAACGAUAAGGAGCAGUUCUGGUGUGAUUUCUGCGGACGUGGUCUGGGGGACCUCAUAAGCUUGAGGCAGCAUGUUGCGGAGCACAUUGUUGAUUCCAUCGCAGAUAAAACUGACACCAGCGUCAGUUUACAUGCAGGCCUUUUGUGUAAUCAGGAACCUGUUACUGACGGAGAUGUGAAAAUAAAAUUAGAAGACACUACACUAGGGGCUCCUGACUGUCAAGAGGCCGCUGGGUGUAGGUACACGUGCUCAGUAUGUGGAGCAGACUUCUCAGAGUUGCUGGGGUUCAGAAAACAUCACCAUGUACACAAUGGAACUGGCAUUACUACUCCAAAUGAAAACUUGCUUCAGGUAAACGAGGAGAUUUCUUCAAGAGACCUCACUAAUGCUAUAAGGAUUGGCAGCGGAGAGCGAUUGCAUAUCUGCAGCGUGUGUGGAAAGGGCUAUCUCUUCAGCUCCCAUCUCACUAAUCAUAUGAAAACUCACUCAGGGGAGCCGCCACACCGUUGCAGCGUGUGUGGAAAGGACUUUGUUAACAUCACCAAACUGAAAAGGCACAUAAGGCAUCAUGACCGGCAACACAGUUGCAGCAUUUGUGCAAAGAGUUUUGCCACCAGUUGGAGACUCAAAAUCCAUAUGCUGAUUCACACGGGAGAUCGGCCACACAGUUGCAGUGUUUGUGGAAAGGGAUUUGUCACCAGUGGCCAUCUCUAUCAGCAUAUGCACAUUCACACGGGAGAACGGCCACAUAGUUGCAGCGUGUGUGUAAAGGACUUUGUCACCAAAAAACAAUUGAAUAUUCACAUGAUGUCUCAUACAGGAGAGUGGCCUUACAGUUGCAGCGUGUGUGGAAAAGGAUUUGCUAACGGCUUCGACCUCAAAGUCCAUAUGAGGAUUCACACGGGAGAGCGGCCACACAAUUGCAGCGUGUGUGGAAAGGAGUUUGUCACCAAAACGAAAUUGAAAAGGCACAUGAUGUCUCAUACAGGAGAGCGGCCACACAGUUGCAGCGUGUGUGUAAAGGACUUUGUCACCAAAAACCAAUUGAACAGGCACAUGAUAUCUCAUACAGGAGAGCAGCCACACAGUUGCAGCAUGUGUGGAAAAGGAUUUGCCACCGGCUUCAACCUCAAAGUCCAUAUGGGGUUUCAUACGGGAGAGCGGCCACAUAGUUGCAGCGUGUGUGGAAAGGACUUUGUCACCAAAAACCAAUUGAAUAUUCACAUGAUGUCUCAUACAGGAGAGUGGCCUUACAGUUGCAGCGUGUGUGGAAAAGGAUUUGCUAACGGCUUCGACCUCAAAGUCCAUAUGAGGAUUCACACGGGAGAGCGGCCACACAAUUGCAGCGUGUGUGGAAAGGAGUUUGUCACCAAAACGAAAUUGAAAAGGCACAUGAUGUCUCAUACAGGAGAGCGGCCACACAGUUGCAGCGUGUGUGUAAAGGACUUUGUCACCAAAAACCAAUUGAAUAUUCACAUGAUGUCUCAUACAGGAGAGCGGCCACACAGUUGCAGCGUGUGUGGAAAAGGAUUUGCCACUGGCUUUGACCUCAAAGUCCAUAUGAGGAUUCACACGGGAGAGCGGCCACACAGUUGCAGCGUUUGUGGAAAGGGAUUUGCUGCCAGCUUCACUCUCACUAAGCAUAUGAUGAUUCACAAGGGAGAGCGGCCACACGAAUGCAGUGUUUGUGGAAAGGGAUUUGGCGUGAGUUCCAGUCUCACUAAGCAUAUGAUGAUUCACACUGGAGAGUGGCCACACAAAUGCAGUGUUUGUGGAAAGGGAUUUGGCGUGAGUUCCAGUCUCACUAGGCAUAUGAUGAUUCACACAGGAGAGCGGCCACACAAAUGCAGUGUUUGUGGAAAGGGAUUUGGCGUGAGUUCCAGUCUCACUAGGCAUAUGAGCAUUCACACUGGAGAGUGGCCACACAGUUGCAGUGUUUGUGAAAAGGGAUUUGACACGAGUUCCCUACUCACUUACCAUAUGAGGGUUCACACAGGGGAUAUGCCGUACCCGUGCAACUUGUGUGGGAAGGCCUUUGUUUCAGACUCCUCCCUCAAAAAGCAUAUGUUGAUUCACACGUGAGAGCAGCCUCACAAUUAAAACGUGUGUGGAAAGGAUUUUGUCACCAGAUCUCAACUCAAGUGGCACAUUUGGUUUCAUACAGGAGAGAGUUGCACAGCUGUAGCGUAUCUGACAAAAGCUUUACAAAUACAGCAGUUCUAAAAGUGCACAUGAGCUGCCAUACAGGAUAUAACACUUUCCAAUGUUCCAAGUGCGGGAUAAAGUUCCAAGUGCGGGAUAAAGUUCCAUCAAAGGGAAAUCUGAAAAGACAUUAUACAGAGCCACAAUAACGAGUGCAUUGACGAGUGUCUGCAAGAAGAAAUCGGUGAAGUCCUUUUCAUUAAACGCUCAUAACACACGCUUCCAUCAUGGAGAACAAGAUGACGCGAGCUUUGCAGUUUAAGAUAAAUGUUAAAUCUAAAAUCUAAAAGAUCCGCGCACAUGGAUUGGCAUAUAUUAGUUUAUGAAGAUCCUGCCAUUUGUCGAUCAUGUUGUACUUCAGUAUUAUUAUUUGUUCAAACAUUAACCUUCUUGUGUGAUAAACUUGCUUCAGAUGAAAACAUAUAUUAAUAUUUAUUGACUUUACAUGGCUUUAACAAAUCUUAAUUUAAGCUGUUAUGCUUAUUACUCAUGACAUCACCGAAAUCAAAUGGGGUUGGGCAGGGAUUCUAUUAUAAUAUGCAUUACUACAUGUAUGCAUUUCAUUAAGGGAUGUGAACGAAUAUUCGAAAAUCAGGCCGAUUUUUGAAUCCUAAAUUCCGAUUCUAAUAUUCGGUUUUUAUGCAAUGAACCUUUAAAAAAAAUAAAUAUAUAUUUAUUUAUUUAUUUUUUUACAUACAUGAAAUACAUACAUGUAGUGCCUAUUCGACAAACGUCGAAAAAGAAAAGUUCAAAAAUACCGUAUUUUUUACAAUUAUUAGUUUAUAUUGAUUACAAAAUCCUUAACAACUGUUUCAAGUAAUGUAAUAUACCAGUCGUGAUAUUUUAAUCAAAUUAAACUAUAUAAUUUAAAAAAAAAGGUAUUUUAGAACUUCGUCGUUUGUGGUUGACUGUCCCUUUAAGUAUUUAUUACAAAUGAAUAAAUUGUCGAAAUGCUAUACAUCUUGAGUUAACAUUUUCUUGUUAUAUCACAAGGAACUAGGGUCAAAUAGUUUUCUUUAGUUUUCUGUUUAUCAGAGUCCUUUUCUCAUUUAUUUUGUUUGUAGUUACGAGCAAAACUCGAGAUCAAUUCAAAAAGAAACACACUUUGCUAUUUUGGCAUCGUUAGAAAAAAGUCAUUUUUGACGAUUUUUUAUUUACAUGUGUCAGACUGUAAAAUAUGUAUAUUUUGUGUGUACAAAGUAAAUGUUUGACGAACUUAAAACUGUUCACUUCGUUGUACUUUAGCAUUUAAUAUAACAAAAUAAAUCUAAUACUUUCUAUUUUACCAUUGUCAUAAAAAAUGUUCAAUGAACUUUUUUAUUUGCUUAUCAGUGACAGUUAAAUACGUUAUUUGAAACUAAAUCAACUGUACUGUGCAUCGUAAUAAAAAAAAGUUAAUUUUUAAACAUUUUCUAUUUGAAAGCCUGGCAUGGUCAUUACACAUUUAUUUUGUUUGUAGUUACGUGCAAAACUCGAAAACAAUAUGAAAAGAAACACACUUAGCUGUUUUGGCAUCGAUAGAAAAAGUCAUUUUUGACGAUUUUUUUAUUUACAUGUAUCAGACGGUGAAAUAUGUAUAUUUUGUGUAUAGUGAUGAGAACAAAGAAAAUAGCUAGACAUAGUCGAAAAUUUGCUUUAUGACAUCGUAAUACAAAACGUCAUUCUUGAACAUGUUUUAUUAACCAGGUUUUUAACCAGGUUUUCCGAAGGAAAAAACUGGUUAUUAGAUUGGCGAAUGCGGGCGGGCUGGCUGGCGGGCUGGCGGAAUAAGCUUGUCCGGGCCAUAACUAUGUCGUUCAUUGUCAGAUUUUAAAAUCACUUGGCACAUUUGUUCACCAUCAUUGGACGGUGUGUCGCGCGAAAUAAUUACGUCGAUAUCUCCAAGGUCAAGGUCACACUUUGAGUUCAAAGGUCAAAAAUGGCCAUAAAUGAGCUUGUCCUGGCCAUAACUAUGUCAUUCAUUGUGAGAUUUUAAAAUCAUUUGGCACAUUUGUUCACCAUCAUGGGACGGUGUGUCCCACGAAAGAAUCACGUCAAUAUCUCCAAUGUCAAGGUCGCCACGACUAAAAAUAGAUUUAAAAAAAAAAAACUUACAAAGG